GGCGUUAUUUGGUUGUAUACGGUGGUAAAAGUGGCGAAAGAGAGAAUUUUGUAACUUAAAUCUGAAAUUGGAGAAGGAAAUCGUAAGACAAACUAUUAAAAUUUGAAAUGCUGAAGAAGAAUAACAAGAAUUUCAGGAAAAGAAGCUUUCAAGAAGACGACGAAGAUGAUCCAGCCGCCAAAUCAGACGAUGAAGUAGACAGACGGUUGGCGUUAGAGGAAGUGAAAUUCCUGCAGAAACAGAGGGAGAGGAAAUCAGGAAUCCCUGCAAUACCUGCUGUGCAAACCGGAGGCGCCGUCGUUAAAGUUACCGAAAAGGCCGAUGCAGAUGGAGAAAAGGAAGAGCUCGUGCUUCAGGACACCUUCGCUCAAGAAACCGCCUUCCUUGUUGAGGAUCCAAACAUGAUAAAAUAUGUAGAACAAGAGUUGGCUAAGAAAAGAGGAAGGAACAUGAAUGAGAAAAAUGAAGUUGAGAAUGAUUUAGCUCGGGCUGAAGAUGAAUUGUACAAAAUUCCCGAGCAUCUUAAAGUGAAGAAACGGAAUUCUAAAGAAAGUUCUACGCAGUGGACUACUGGGAUUGCCGAAGUUCAGCUGCCUAUUGAAUUCAAGUUAAGAAAUAUAGAGGAAACCGAGGCUGCCAAAAAGCUUCUACAGGAAAAGCGGCUCAUGGGACGGGCAAAAUCAGAAGUUAACAUCCCAUCAAGUUACAGUGCCGAUUACUUCCAGAGGGGCAGAGAUUACGCCGAAAAACUUAGAAGAGAAAAUCCCGAGCUGUACAAGGACAGAGGCUCAAAGGAUGACAAUGCUGGCCCCAAACAGACUGAUGCGAGCAAUGAUGCAGCGGGAAGUAGGCAAGCUGCAACCGAUCAGUUCAUGCUAGAGCGCUUCCGGAAACGAGAACGUCAACGAGUAAAGCGGCGAUAACAUAGCAACUCUAGCAGCGUAUCAGAGAACUUUCAGGUUCCAUUUCAUAUGAUUGGCUGCAAUGCUACUUGUGAAUGUUUGUACCAUCGUAACUUUUCAUGAUGAUUGAGAUACUGCUCUUUUUGUAACUGGGUAUUCUUAAAUACUGUAAACAUAUUUGAAAUGCUUUUGAAUUUUUUUUUUGGUUACGGAUAACAAUGAAUAAGUUUUUG